AUGGGCCCCCCAGGCGGCGCCUCCGGUGCCGCCCCUCGCGCGCCUCUGCGCGCCAGGGAGGGUUGUCCAGCGCCGAUCCAAGAAACUCGCGCGGACCUCCGAGAAUGUUGCCUUGUAACGAUUCGUUCUUCCUCGGAGCGGGCGGAGGCCAGCCCGAGGGCAGCGAUAUCGGCGUGGCCCGCCGGAGGUGACAGUCCGCUGCUAGUACAGUUUCCCGCACGAGGCGGGCUUGUGACGGGCGACGCAAUGCCGCCCGUUGCCUUCGCGCUGUUCUUCCGCUUGGAGAGCACCUCUGUUUUAAUUGCGCACCUAGUGUAG